GAGCCAAUUAUCACCGUUAAUUGACGAUAAUUUCGAGCGGAAAGAAGAGUGCAACUGUUACUCACAUUUUGAGAAAUUCUAUCUGUCGUCAUUCUUCCGUCACACAACAUGCAUGACUCUGACUCUGACAACUAUGAAGGAAGCGCUGUUCUGGGGAUGUGCUGUAACGGAGCAGGUAGUGUUCACCUGGCGCGCUACAAGCCGAAGAACACACAUGUAGUGAUUAAAAAGUUUAACAUGGACAAUCACAGUCACGAGGAAUAUGACCUGGUGGAACAGGAAAUAAUAAUGACCAGGCAGCUUCAGCAUCCCAAUAUCCUUCCUUAUUUAGCAACCUUCGUCUCCGGGCAUAACAUCUGCGUUGUAUCACCACUUAUGGGUUACGGAUCCUGCCAUGAUCUGAUCGAGGAAUAUUUCAACGAGGGACUGCCGGAGCUGGCGAUCGCGUACAUACUGAAGGACAUUCUUCACGGAUUGGAAUACAUUCACAAAAGAGGGUUCAUCCAUAGGGCAAUCAAAGCCAGCCACAUUCUUAUCUCAACGUCCGGUCAGGCUUGUUUGUCCGGCAUGCGAUAUGCCUGCGAAAUCGUCAGGCACGGCAAAUGGCAGAGGAAUAUACAUUCCUUUCCAAAAUCAACUGCUAACAAUUUGAAAUGGCUGAGCCCGGAGCUUCUUCAACAGGAUCUCCAUGGGUACAAUGAAAAAUCCGAUACUUAUAGCUUAGGCAUGACGAUAUGCGAACUGGCCAAUGGCGUUGUGCCGUUUUGUGAUACUCCUGCCACUUUAAUGCUGACAGAAAAAGUACGCGGAAGCGCUCCUCACAUAUUAGACCGCUCGACCAUUCCCCCUAAUACAAUGGACACAGAGGGUGAUGAGAACGGUGAGACGAAAUUGGUAUGCGACGACAUUGCGGGUGAUGGAAACGCAAGCAGCAGUAGUUUGGAAUCUGUUAGAACACGUUUGCACAAUAUGUCCAGCAGAAAAUUUUCUGAGCCUUUUCAUUCCUUGACCGAAUUAUGCUUAUUGAGAAAUCCGUCAGAUCGUCCUACGAUGAGUCAGCUUGCGGUGCAUCCAUUUUUCAAACAGUGCCGCAGAAACGACGAAUCAUUGAUCAAAAUACUUCGAUGCGUUACUUCGAUUAGUGAAAAGCACGCCCACUCCGCAGGUGAUUAUCUUGUCGCUCUAUCUACGGAGCAGCUGGUUGAUUUAGAUCUGGAGACUUGUCAGUGGGACUUCUGAGCACGUGUUUAUAAUUAUAAAAAUUUUGUAACUUAAUAUAUAUAUGUACAUUGGUCAUGAGGGAGUUGCAAGUAUUUGAUAUGAUUUGCAACUGUGUCUUACGAUUGGCUCGCUGGAUUCAUAAUCUACUAAUAUCCAAUAAACGUACGUUAAAUCUAUGAAAUACCGUCUACUUGUGAGUAAUGCUAAGUCAUAAAUGAUUGAUUAUUUAUUGUGUAUCUAUUUUUAUUUAAAGUAAAGUUUUAUCUAUUUUUCACAGAUAAACCUGUGUCAUUAUUUAUCGAAUGGUUAUAUCAAACUAGGUAGUUACAUUAAUUGUUACGGACAUUUGUGAUGUAUUUUAUUUUCUUCGUCAGGAUAGCUGCUAACCUUCUAAAUAUAAAUUUUAACUACUAAGAUAUUUGAAUUUUUGAAUACAUGUUCUUUUCCUAAAUAUUUUAUGAGCUAAAACUAUGGACGAUAUAUUUUUUUUUUACUGUUGUAUCUACUACAUAAUUGAAUUUUCCUAUGUGUAUAGUUGUCUACUACUUAUUUUAUUUUUCGGCUUCAUUUAUGACUCGGACUGAACAUUGAAUAAAACUACCUCAGCAUAUGUAAAUAUAUAUUUCUCUGCCUCCUUUUAAGCAGUUGAAGAAAGAAAUCAAUUUUAACCUUUGCAAGAAACAGAAGGCACUUUCAGAUCGCAUUUGUAAUAUGACUUACAACAUCUGCAUUGGUUAUUUUAUCUUCAUCGUUAUGAAGAUAUUAUUUGCUGAUAUGUUACAAGUGCUUGUGAAUAGUAUAAACUCCAAGUAUUGUAUUUUUGUAUCGAAUUGCACAAACAGUUGCCCCGAAAAUCUCACUCAAUAUAUUUGUUCGGUAGUUAUAUGAUGAAGAUCGUAUCCAAACGAAUAAAAAAACAAUCUCUUAUUCAAACUAAUUAUUCCUACCUGAGGAUUAAAAUUAAUCUUUUCUUCUUUUGUACAAUAUUUUUCUCUCGAGAAAUAUAGAAAUAUCUAACAACUACACAUUAAUAACUGUGCGUUAAAGUCUUGUGCGCAUAUCUCAAUAACAAUAAAUUGUAUAUUUUUGGCUUUCUCCUCUUUUUACAUUUCCAAGUCUUGUUUAAAAAAUUCAAAAAACAGACGAGAAAAAAUGAAAUCAAAAAUUCCACAAGUUUAAUGACAAACUUAAUAGUAACAAGUCUUAAUUACCUACAGACGACGGCUCAGAAAAUAUUAUGGUUUUUUCUUUGUUUUCUUCUAUCUUCUAAUUUCCACCCACUUCCAUAAACUUGAAUAAGCGUGUAUGUAUACCCAUACAUACAAGCAUAAAUUAAUACUAUUGUUUAAUACUGUAAUCCAUAUUCACUUGGCUCGAUUGUACAUACAUGUACGUUAGUUUGAAAUGAAAUAUAGACAUUUUCUGUAUCC